UGUGGGAAAUCUCCUCACCUAUGAGAAACUGGUUGGAAAACCAUUCAAUUAUUUCCUUCAAAAGUAUGGAGAUUCUAUUUCAAGUCUUGGCUACUCUUCUUUGGAUUCACUGUAUGGACCACCUGGAGCCAACUGUGUUCCCUAUACAGAAGGGAUCUUUGAAUCUCCUGAGGCAGAAAUGGGAAUCCAGUGAUUACCAGAGAAGUGGUUGUUGUCCAGUGGGCAGUCGUUGUCAGCUCUUCAAGCCUCAGGAAAAUAAGUUGAUUGAGCACAAGGUAGAGGCGACAGCAGUAACUGAAAUUCCAGAAUCCCCAAGCCCACCACCCUGCAGUCCAGGGGCAGAGAAAUCGGGCAUGGAGCCUGAAUUAAAGGAUCAUGAGGACAAUAAUGACAACCAUAGAGGUUGUGGCCAGCCUGGAGUGCUAAAGGAAGACUCCCUGAUUGGUCGACGCAGGAUUGAACGCUUCUCUAUUGCCCUGGAUGAGCUCAGGAGUGUGUUUGAGACUCCUAAGAAUGGCAACAGACCAGCUGAGUACGGCCAAAAGGAAGUGGAAAUGGAGAGGAGUUUGUGUUCACCAACAUGUAAGAGUCAGUCCAGGAGCCAGCUGGAUGACUUGGUGAAAAAUUCAGACAAGGAAGGUGAGGAAGCGCCUUCUGACAAGAUGUCCCCUGGAAGAGGUCACAGCCACUUCUUGCAAGAGAUUGUCAGCCCUGAUCAGACUGCCAGUGGACUUGCAGGAGAGACUGCUGCUCAGAGCGAGGGCGUGGCCGACCUGCACCUGCUGGUCUCCUUGAAAGAGCGGAUGGCGAUGUACCAGGCAGCUGUGUCCCGGGGGGACUGCCGCAGUUUCUCUGCCAAUAUGAUGGAGGAAUCAGAAAUGUGCCGAGUGCCCGGCGGUUUGGCCAAGGUGAAAAAACAAUUCGAGAAAGAUGAAAUGACGUCUUCCUGCAAAACUUUUUCUCAGUACCAAUACCAACACCAGAACAGAUCUGAGCAGGAAGUGAUCCAUGAAAUCCAGGAAGUGGAAAGAAAUAAACAAGAUUUUUCUAAAUCACAUGAAAUUGAUGUUCUUGAAACAGAAACGGUCUCUCAUCUUGAAAAACACACUGAGGAAAUAAGCCAAGCUUCUCAAUUGCAUCAGUAUGUUCAAGAAACAGUCAUUGACACACCUGAAGAUGAAGAGAUCCCAAAGUUAUCAACGAAGCUUUUAAAAGAGCAAUUUGAAAAGUCUGUCCAGGAAAAAGCCCUUCAUUCUGACAAGGGCACAGUACUCCCAGCUAAGCAGAUUAAGAUUGAAUAUGAAUAUGAAGAGACUUUAAGGCCAACUACAGAUGUGGGUACCUCUUCUACCUCUUUCACUUCCAAUAGCCAGAGGAAGGAAACAUCAACCACAAGAUACAGUGAUCACAGUGUCACUUCCUCAACUCUGGCACAAGUUAAUGACACGCCUUUGAGACAGAUGGAAGAAUUUCCUCCUCCCCCACCUGAUGUACUGCAAACUCCAAUAGAUGCAGCAGCAUUUUCUCAGUCCCCUGAAUUUCCCACCCCGCCCAAAAGACUGCCCAUCCCCAAAGAUUUAUAUUCCAAGCAAAGGAAUUUGUAUGAAUUAAAUCGUUUAUACAAACACAUCCACCCUGAGCUAAGGAAAAACUUAGAGAAAGAUUAUAUCAGUGAGGUUUCUGAGAUUGUUUCCAGUCAAAUGAAUUCAAAGAGCUCAGUUUCAGCAGAUGUACAACAAACUAGGUAUGUUUUUGAAAAUACAAAUGACAGAUCUCAAAAAGACCUGAGUUCAGAGAGAGAAUACUUAGAGUGGGAUCAAAUUCUGAAAGGGGAAGUACAGUCCAUGAGAUGGAUUUUUGAGAACCAACCUUUAGAUUCCAUCAACAGUGGGUCUCUAGAUGAAGGUAACCUUGCUAAGGGCAUUGCUGAUCAAGAAAUCAUUGCUGGUGGUGAUGUAAAAUAUACCACAUGGAUGUUUGAAACACAACCUAUUGAUGCACUGGGAGAUCAUUCUGGGACUGAAGAAACAGCUGAGAAAAUUCCUGAACUAGCCAGAGGAGAUGUCCGCACAGCCCGAUGGAUGUUUGAAACAAGGCCAUUGGAUUCGAUGAAUAAAAUACAUCAAAGUCAAGAAGAAACUGCCAUUAAGGACAUAACCGGUGGGGAUGUCAAGACUGUGAAAUACAUGUUUGAAACUCAACAUCUGGAUCAACUUGGAGAGCUUCAGUCAGUGGAUGAGGUUCAUUUACUACAACUCAGAUCCGAACUCAAAGAAAUUAAGAACAAUGUUAAGAGAAGCAUAAAAUGUUUUGAAACACAGCCACUCUAUGUUAUCAGAGAUGGUUUGGGUCAAAUGCUAGAAAUCAAAACUGUUCAAAGAGAGGAUGUUGAAAAGGGAGAUGUGAGAACAGCACGCUGGAUGUUUGAAACUCAGCCCUUGGACACAAUUAAUAAGGAUAUUACAGAAAUAAAAGUUGUCCGAGGAAUAUCCAUGGAAGAAAAUGUAAAAGGUGGGGUGAGCAGGGCAAAGUGGUUGUUUGAAACACAACCUUUGGAGAAAAUCAAAGAAUCUGAAGAGGUUAUCACUGAAAAGGAAACAAUAUUAGGCACAGAUGUCUCCAGAAAGUGUUGGAUGUUUGAAACACAGCCAUUAGACAUUCUCAGAGAAGCUCCUGAUGCAGAGCCUCUGCCACCUGAAGAGAUAAUAGGGGGUGAUGUACAAACCACUAAGCGCCUAUUUGAAACACUUCCAAUUGACGCCUUGAAAGAGAAUCGUGAUGUUGGAAGGCUUCAAACAAUCUCUGCCUCUGAAGAAGAAAAGGGGGAUGUUAGACAUCAGAAAUGGAUUUUUGAAACCCAACCUCUGGAAGAGAUUAGAGAAGAUAAAAAAGAAUACACACGAACAGUGAAACUUGAGGAAGUUGACAAAGGAGAUGUAAGGAAUUAUAUACAUGUUUUUGAAUCAAAUGAUUUAAUCAAAUUUGAUGCAUCCCAUAAAACAGAAGUGGAAGGGGUCACAAGAGGUGCUGUAGAGUUAAAUAAAUCCCUGUUUGAAACAACACCACUGUAUGCCAUUCAAGACCACCUUGGAAAAUACCAUCAAGUAAAAACAGUCCAGCAAGAAGAAAUUAUAAGAGGUGAUGUAAGGAGCUGUAGGUGGCUUUUUGAAACAAGGCCCAUUGACCAGUUUGAUGAAAGCCUUCAUAAAUUUCAGAUAAUUAGAGGAAUAUCUGCUCAAGAAAUACAGACUGGGAAUGUGAAAUCUGCUAAAUGGUUAUUUGAAACUCAACCUCUUGAUGCAAUCAAAUAUUUCAGCAAUGUGGAAGAAACAGAGACUACAACCAAACAAGAUGCAGAUAUCAUUAAGGGAGAUGUCAAAACUUCUAAAUGGCUAUUUGAAACCCAGCCAAUGGACUCUCUUUAUGAAAAAGUUUCAUUGGUGACUGGCACUGAGGAAAUUCAUAAAGGAGAUGUCAAAACCUGUAUGUGGCUCUUUGAAACUCAGCCACUUGAUAGCUUGAAGGAUAACUCUGAAACAACAGUCAAAUCGCAAACUGUAAAACCGGAGGAGAUCCAAGGUGGAGAUGUUCGUGCAACACGUUUUCUUUUUGAGACAGAAAAUUUGGACAGCAUACAAGGAGAAGAGGGGAAGGAAAGCAAGCCUAUGGAAAUGGAUAUUCAAGCGGGGGAUGUCUCAAGCAUGAGGUAUAAAUUUGAAAAUCAGUACCUAGAUUCUAUAAGUUCUAGUUCAGAGGAAGUUUUGAAAAAGAUGAAAAUUCUAAAAACUGAAGAUAUUCAGAAAGGCAAUGUUUUACAUUGUAGGUGGCUUUUUGAGAACCAGCCAAUUGAUACAAUAAAAGAAUGUCAAGAAGGUGAUAAAUUAGUAAAGACAGUGACAGACAUACAAGGUGGGGAUGUAAGAAAGAGGUGCUUUAUUUUUGAGACAUUUUCUUUAGAUGAGAUUAAAGAAGAAUCAGAUCAUAUCAGCAGCAAGAAAACAAUUACUGAAGAAGUCAUAAAGGGUGAUGUAAAAAGCUACAGAAUGCUCUUUGAAACUCAGCCACUGUAUGCAAUUCAAGAUCAAGAGGGGUGCUACCAUGAAAUCACAACAGUUAAAAAGGAAGAGGUCAUUCACGGAGACGUUCGAGGAACAAGGUGGCUUUUUGAAACAAAACCAUUAGACUCAAUUAACAAAUCAGAAACCGUUUAUGUUAUUAAAUCAGUGACACAGGAAGACAUUCAGAGGGGAGAUGUUAGUGCUGUCAGAUACAAAUUUGAAACUCAGCCACUGGACCAGAUUUCAGAAGGAUUACAAAAUGUUGUUCACUCUGUUGACUAUAUUCAAGGUGGUGAUGUAAAGACAAGUAAACAAUUAUUUGAGUCUGAAGAUUUUCAUAAGAAGAAUUAUAUAAGAACAGUAAGUGUCAAUGAAAUACAAAAAGGCAAUGUUAAAACGUCAACUUGGUUAUUUGAAACCCAUACUAUAGAUGAACUGAGAGGACAAGGAUCAGAAUACGAAAACAUUAAGACAGUUACCCAGGAGGAUGUGAAAAAAGGUGAUGUUAGACAGGCAGUGUGGCUUUUUGAAAAUCAAACUUUGGAUUCUAUUAAGGAAGCAGAUGAAAGCAUCACAAAUAUUACCAAAGAGGAAAUACUUUCUUCAGACGUUAAGACAACAACAUGGCUCUUUGAAACAACACCCAUUCAUGAAUUUAAUGACAGCAAAAUAGAAAAGGUAGAGAUUAUUGGCAAGAGCAUUAAGGAAACAUUACAAGAUCUUUACUCUCAAAAAGUUAUUGAGUCUCCUGGAAUUAUCAUCGAAGCUGAUGAAGUUGGAGAUGUGCGAAUGGCAAAAUACAAGCUAAUGAAUCAAGCAUCACUGGAGAUACAGAAAGAAGAUAUUAUCAAGGUUGAUCUGAGAAGUAUAAUCAUGACCUUACUUUCCAAAAGAGACUGCACAAGAAGAGAGAUUUUGGUGAGUGAAGAAGAGAAAGGAAAUGUCAAUAUGACUAAAACUCAACUAUUAAACAGAUCCACUGAAUUUCACGCUGAUAAAGAAGAGAUAGUGAGAGGCGAUAUACAACAAGCAAUAAAAAAUCUGUUUUCAGAGGAAAAAUCUGUAAAGAAAGGCAUUUUAAUCCAGGAAGAUGAAAGAGGAGAUGUUAACAUGACUAUCUAUUGUCUUCUUCAUGAAAAUGCUGAUGACACGUUUGAGCGGGAAGAAGUCAUAGGAGGUGAUGUGAGACGCACUAUUCACAAUCUGUUGUCUUCCACAUCACACAAUAAAACACCUGAAAGGGUUAAAAUUGAUGCCUCUGAGAGAGGAAAUGUGCAGUUUUUCACAACAUGCAUAGAGACAGGGGCUUUGGAUUAUCUCAGACAACUACAGACAGGGUCAACUGAAACUUUAACAGCUAGCAAACAAGAAGGAAAAGAAGAAAUAAUUGGAGGUGAUGUUGAGGGCACAAAACUGUUACUAAAGAAAAGGCAGUCUCAGGUUGAGCGUACUGUCAAUGCAACUGACAUCAUCCCAGGAGAUGUGCAUAAAACAGCUGAGGUUUUUAUGGCAGAGCCUCAGAGUACAUCUUGUAAGUCAACCACAGAAGAAACUGUAAAAGGUGAUUUAAAAUCAACCCUACAUUCCCUUACUCAGGCCAUAAACCAGAAAACAGUGGCUGAAACAGAAGAAAUGACCAAAGGUCACACGUUUGCCACACUCAACUCACUUAAAGCAUCAAGCCAUCAGUGGAAAGAAUCUAACCAGCCAGGUAUCAUGCCUGACAAUAUUGAUCAAGCUAUUGAAUGUCUUGAAAGAGCUGCAAACACAAGGACAGAAAUCAUGAAAAAAGAGCUUCUCAGACAAGACCUUGAAACAUCAUUAAGGUCUUUGAAAGAAGCAGAAAGAGGUUUCAAAGAGGUAAAUAAAGAAGGUGUAAAUAAAGAAGUCCAUGCAGUGACAGUAGGAUCCUCAGGAGAACAGAAGACAAAGCAUCAUCAGAUAACCAUCCAGAGGGACCAGAAAAGUAUUCUGCAGCCCAGGCCAGGACCAUUUGAGCCGGCAGCCAGGUGGGAAGGAGAAGCAGACACUCUCAGUCAAACUGAAAAAAGAACCAAGGUCAGUUUGUCCAAAGUUCCCAAAGGCACUGUAAAGAUUGUUGUAGAUCGUGAACAAAACAAUGAUGCUCUGGAGAAAAGCCUUAGAAGAAUAUCUAAUUCCAACUACAAAGCUACUGAAAAUGUGUUACAAUCAGGACACCAAACAGGUGUCUGGUCCAUAACAGAGCAACACCUUACAGAAGAACAUAUGAAUAGACAAUUGACUUCAACUUCAACAACUUCAGUAAAUCAAAAUGAAAAAAAUAAGAAUUCAGAGAGACUGAAAGAACUGAAAGAGGACAUUAUCUUCAACUCCACUCAGUCUUUUGACAAAACAACUGGAAAGCAUCAUACUCAAACCUGUGGGCUGAGGAAUGGCCACAAGAAGUCUGAGGCUCUCCAUGCAAAGAGUGAUGAAAAGGACAAAACCACCGAAUUGCUAACAAGUAUGCAAAUUUUGAAGUCCAGUUCCACUCGGGACCAUCCAGUAGGCAUGUUAGCCGGAGAAACUUACAAAUUAACAGGAGACUUUCAGAAGCAAACUUUUAAAAAGCAAGAAAUGCAAAAUUCUCAUGGGUAUAUAAAGAAAAAUGACAUGAACCUUCAACCUUUGUCGGCAGAUCAAGACAUAUCCAAUGUAACUGAAGUGAAAGUCUCUGAAAAGAGCCACAAUAAAUUCAAGGCCAGUGACAAAAAGCAGAAGACUGAUGUCCAUCUGAAAAACCAGGACUUCCUAAUGAAGACAAAUACUUCUGCAGAGUUAAAAACUGCAAUGCAAAUGUCCUUUAAUCCAAACAACUUUAACACUGAGAAUGAUGAGAAAGAAACUGAGUCUUCUCUUCCACCUCCAUCUCCACCUCCUCCUCCACCUUCCAAUGCAUCAUCUGAAAUUGAAUUUCCUCUUCCCCCUCCACCUCCUUUAAUGAUCUUGCCUGAGAAAAAUAUGUUUCCUCCAUCACCAGAAAAAACAAAGUCUGGAUUUGAAAACUUUCCAGGCUUCCCUCUUCCUCCACCAGUAGAGGCGAAAUCUAAAGAAGAAUCUCUAUCAAUGUUCCCACCACCUCCACCUCCUCCAAAAUCAUCUCAGAAAUUAAUACAGCCCACCAAUUGUAUUCCAGAAAAGCACAAUGAAACUUUCAUACACCAAGAAGCAUCAAGCUCUCAACAAACUCACUCUCAGUCUAAAGUCACAACAGCAAAAUCGAAAGCACGUAUUCCACCUCCCACAUUACCCAAGCCCAAAUUUUUCAAGCGAAUAGAUGAUAAAAACUAUCUUCCCCAAAACGUUGAUUUGCAAAAUUCCCUAUCAGAUAUGGAAUUUAACACCACUUCCAGAAAGGAUCAGGAAAGAGUCAUGAUGGUGACCAGCACUGAAUGCACAGAGAUGAAGCAGGACGUAUUCAGUAAAAGUCUUGAUGAAAGAAAACAAUUAUCAAUCAACUCUGUCAAGUCUGUCUCUCAGAUAGUGCCAGAAACUUCAGCACCCAAAGAAAAAGAGAUCGCACCUCUCAGAAAAUCUCAUUCAUUUCCAGCAUGUUCAGUACAACAAAGUCCAAAACCUUACAUGAGAAAAUUUAAGACACCUCUAAUGAUUGCUGAAGAAAAAUAUAGACAACAAAGAGAAAGGCUUGAGAAACAGAAGCAGGAGAGUUCUUGCUAUAAUGUAGUCAAAAGAGAAAUCCAAAGUCAAAAUGUAUCAGAGAUUGAAAAAGAAAUGUCAUUACAAAAACCAAAUGAGGAGUUUCCCCUUUCUGGAAUGCAUUCAGAGUCACUUGUGCCCCAGCCAAGCCUUGAUUCUCAAAGUAAUGCUCAAGUGCCUGAGGUUAAUUCUGAUAAACAGUUUGCCACAACAUCAUCAGUGGCAAUGGCCAAGAAGCUCCAACCUGUUUUAGCAUCCUCAGAAACCAAAUAUAACAUGAAGAAGGAAAUUUUACAGACCUCUGGGGACAUAGCACAAUCUAAAACAACUUAUGACACGAAACAGAGUCAGCAAGAAUGUAGUACACAACAAAUCCAACAGAAGUAUCCAGAGCAUUUGAACUUGCUCCAGAUCAAACCAGUUUCCCCAAGUUUCAAAGUUAAAACCAUCAAGCCCCCAAGCAUUGAUCAUACAUUAAAUGAAACUGGCCUCUGCUAUGAAAGUCACAAAAAGCAAUCACACGUUGAUGUUCAAACCAUUUCUGAACAGCAGUAUCAAGAAACCAAUAAAAUGAAAACAAGUACCAAAUAUAGUAAUAAUCAAUCUGUGGCUGAAAAGCAUCAUCAAUUACCUAAGAAAGAUAAAAAGGUGACGCAACAAGUGCCUACUAACACUGCAGAGGAGGGCCUUGAAAGCAAACUCAAGGUGGUUCCUGAGAAGCAAAGAGAAUUAAGGGAAUCUGAGGAAGGGAAAUGUAUGGAAAGUGGAAGGAAAACUCAGGGCCCCUCAAUGAUUGGCCCAAAAGAAGAAAAUCUAAUAGUUGAAAGACGACAAGGGCAUGUCAAGAAUGGGUCGGCACCAAAAGUGAUCAAGCAGGUUGCUGAAGCCCAUUUUGAUUCACGGACUCAGAAUGUUCGGCAAACAGAGAUACAGACUUCUGAAAGUCAAGUUGAGCAUAAAGAAUUGUCCCAGUCAUGUAGUAGUCAACAGGGAAAAACCAGCCUUGGAGUCAAGGGCAUUCAACAGAAACAAGUCUUCCCUAACACUGAAGAUUCAAAGCACGAGAUGACACAGAACACAUCUUUAUUUUCCUCUGUGAAAGAAUUCCAGCAGGGUGAUGGAAAGCAUGCUGUAAAUAUAUUGGAAUACUUGAGAAAACGUGAAGAGCUACAGCAGAUUUUGUCUAGAGUGAAAGAGUUUGAAGCUGAGCCAAGUAAAAAUGAUCUGAAAACAUUUCAGACACUGUGGAAUAUUGUUCCAGUAUGGCUGAUAAGUGAAGAAGAAAGAAAACAUGGAAUUUGCACGGCAAUGGAGAAUAAUUCAGAAAAAAUCAGGGAAGAAAUAACAUACAUUAAGACUCUAGCAGAGAAUAUGCUUGUGUCCUGUGAGAAUAUAAUCCAAACAGCCAUGAUAUCCUCCAAAAUAGGGAGACACGGUAAUAAGCUUCCUAGCCUUGAUGAAGCAGCAACCAAAGUGUCUAAUGUUAAUGUUAGCUAUGAUAAAAACAUGGAGCAGAAGGAAAAUAAAAUUGUAGAAGAAACAGCACACCAUGAAGUAACAACUCAUCAUGAAGCACUUGCUCAAAACUAUGUGAAAACACAUCAGGAAAUUAAAUUGGAUGAUAGUAAGAUGUCUCCUCCCUCUUUAAAAACACGCUCACCUUCACCUACUUUUAUAACAAUUGAGUCUACUGCCCGACGGAAUGUCCCUUCUACUAAAGACGAGCUUUCUCAGUCCCUUAAACAGGACAGUUGUGUUGAACCCCCACCAAGAAAGCCCAUGUCACAAACAGGUAGAACUCCCAGAACAGACACAUCCCCUUCUCCACCCAGGAGUCGCUCAGAACAACUUGUCAAACUCAAAGACACCACUGCAAAGUUAUCCAAAGGGACUAUCCCAUGUCCAUCAGUAAGCCCAGUCCCAAUCGUGGAGAAGAGGUCUGAGAUCAUCAUGUCUCCUGCCACACUCCGUCGCCAAAUUAAGAUAGACACGCGUGGCAGAGACUCUCCACCUACAAUCACCAUCCCCGUGAAUGUGAAUCAUGUCACUAAUGGUUCCUUCAAAGAAUCCAUGGAAGCUCAAGAGGAAGUUCGAAAAGUAGAGAAAAGAGCAACUUAUGUUCACCAAGAUGGAUUAAAUUCUGCUAACUGUAUGGUGCCAGAAACUGAAAGUUAUGACGCAGUCGAAAUAAUCCGCAAGGUCGGAGCGCCUCGCGUGCCAGAGCACAGGCAGAGAUAUGAAGCAGCCAACCGAUCUGCUCAGAUGGCUGGAGAUUUCGUGAGUGAUCACGAAAAUGAAAUAAACAGAUGGUUCAGGGAAUUUGAGAAUGGCCCAGUUUUUGAAUCAAAGUCAAAUAGAAGAGUUUAUGCAAAUGGAGAAGCAAGCCGUAAUAUAAAACAAGAAAGUCGAGCAUUUUGUAAAGAGGAAUUUGGAUUAACAUCUUUAGGGAACACUGAUUUUACAGGCUUCUCUUGUAACUAUCCCAGAAAGCUGCAAGAAAAAAGUCCUGUUAUACAGCACAAGGUGCGCUCUGAAACAAGGUCUCUCAGUGAGCACUUCUCCGGCCUAGAUUCCUAUGAGCUUCCCACUGCUGGGUCAAAGACAACAUCAACAACCCAUAGCUCAGAAGCUAGCAGAUCUGGCUUUGACUUUAAACAUGCCCCACCAACUUACGAGGAUGUCAUCGCUGGACAUAUUUUAGAUAUCUCUGAUUCAUCUAAUGAACUCAGAAGGAAUUUUCAAAAGGCGUGGCAGGAGAGUGAGAGAGUUUUUGAGAGCCUGGGAUGUACAACCUCAGAUUCUUCUGCCUCUGAGAUGAGAACCACCUUCCAGGAGGAAUCUGCAUUUUUAAGUGACAAGGAAAUAUGUAUUCUUUGUCAAAAGACAGUUUAUCCAAUGGAGUGCCUAGUAGCAGAUCAACAGAAUUUUCAUAAGUCCUGCUUCCGAUGCCACCAUUGCAACAACAAACUGAGUUUGGGAAAUUACGCAUCACUUCAUGGACAAAUAUAUUGUAAACCUCACUUUAAACAACUUUUCAAAUCUAAAGGAAAUUAUGAUGAAGGUUUUGGACACAAACAGCAUAAAGAUCGAUGGAAUUACAAACAUCCAAGCAGCUUAGGGGAUUUUAUUCCCAAAAAAGAACAGAAUAUUUGCAGAGACACUGUAGGAAAUAUCUUUGCACUUGGAAAUCUUAAUCAACAUUCAGUUGCUAAAAACAGGGAAGAGCAAAGGGGUAAUCUGAUAAAAUUAGGGGAGAGGGGAAAAUUAAAAGUCAUAUGGCCUCCCUCCACAGAGAUGCCUAAGAAAACCUUUCUCCUUGAAGAAGACCUCCAAGUGAAUAAACCUAAAUGGCCCCCCGAUGUGACAAUCCCUGCUCCCCCUGAAUUUAAGAGUGAACCACAUACAGAGCAGAUGAGCCCUCUGGGAGAAAAAGAACAAGGACAUGAUGUGCUGUCUUUUCAGUACCCACAUCAGCUGUCUACCCAUAGCUGUCAGAAAGAAGAUGUUACAGGAAUCAAAGAAGUGAAAAUGUACGAAAGAAGAGAAGAUGAGAAGGAAGGAAGUCAGAACGUGCAAGAUAAGCUGAAUGAGGCUGAAGAUACAAAGAAUAAAAGGAAAAGUGAAAUGGAGCUUAAUGGCAACGCAGAUGUGAUUGUGCAGAGUGGUGAAAAGGAGAAAAAUGAAAAAAUUAAUGAAGCUAAUGGGACAGAAGUUUUACAGGUUACUAAUGCUGAUGAUGAGGUGGUGCAGGAAAACUGUAAAGAGAAUUUGAAUAAGAAUAAUAAUAACAAUUAUGUAACAGUGUCAGGCUUGAGUAAUUGCAGGCAGAACACAUCUACUUUAGAAUUUCCUCAUUUAUUACCACUGUCAAGCAAAGUAAACUACACUGCAAAUGAAUAUCAAAUUGAAAAGUUCACAAACGCCUCUAGAAUUUCCCAGUUACUUGGUGUAUUUGAAUCUGAACAGAUUUAUUCAAGGAAUGCACUGGCUCUGGCUCUUAAAAGACAGACUGACAAAGCUACUGCUGGCAGUCCUCUGCAGUCUACUCCAAAUCCAGGCACCAAGAGGGGCCUGGUGGUAAAGCGGAAAAGUUCAAUGGUCUCUUCUGAUACAAAUCUCUUAAAUUUCAAAGGAAAUCACUCUAAUCACAAAAAUCUAAACUUUUUCUUUCCUAAUUCUAUGAAAAUCACUGCUUUUUCCAAGAAAAAUGAGCAGCAUUUUGAUUGUGAUAUGUUAGAUUCUGCAGAUCACAUUGAAAAUGUGCCAUGUUUGUACGUAAGAGAGUUUGGGAAAGAUGUCGAGCAAUGGCACAGUGAGCCUGUGGGAGACGUCCGCAAGAAUGGAAGCACAGGUUCAGGCGUGCUGAGCUCUGAGUGCACAGCCACACCUUCCUCCCCCGCAGGGGAGGUCCAGACGGAACAGCUCACUGUGGAAGAGCAGAUUAAAAGGAACAGGUGCUACAGUGACACAGAGUACAACGCCUCUGGUGACUUCACUUCUCACUCAGUCGCUGAGAAAUAUGGGUUCCUGAAAUAGGAUUUCAGGGAUGUUCAGGGUUAUUACCUUGAACGGCGUAUACUGUAAACACGAUGUUCAGAAAUCUCGUCUAUCUGGAGAUAGGAUUUGUAUUACACUUUGUAUUUUUUCUUAAUUCCUCUGAAUAUACUUUUGUUCUGAAUGGAAUGCAAAGUUGAAAACAAAACAUGGCAAUGUUACAGUGUCAUAAGACACUAUGUCUGUCACUUGUUACAUCUUCUUGAAUUUGCUGAAAUAAAAUCAAACCCUUUGAGGUAAAAAUUAAAA